AUGGGAAAGACCAGAAACACAUCCCUGGACACUGUGGUGACAGAUUUCAUUCUCCUGGGCUUAUCUCACCCCCCGAGGCUGAGGACUCUCCUCUUCUUGCUCUUCUUCAUCAUUUACAUCCUGACUCAGCUGGGCAACCUCCUCAUUUUGCUCACUGUGUGGGCUGACCCAAAGCUCCACACUCGCCCCAUGUACAUUCUCCUGGGCGUGCUCUCAUUCCUGGACAUGUGGCUCUCCUCCGUCAUCGUUCCUCGGAUUAUUCUAAACUUUACUCCCGCCAGCAAGAGAAUCCCGUUUGGCAGCUGUGUGGCUCAACUGUAUUUCUUUCAUUUCCUGGGCAGCACUCAGUGCUUCCUCUACACCUUGAUGGCCUAUGACAGGUACCUGGCAAUAUGCCAGCCCCUGCGCUACCCCACGCUCAUGAAUGGGAGGUUAUGCACCAUCCUUGUGGCUGGAGCUUGGAUGGCUGGCUCCGUUCAUGGGUCCAUCCAGGCCACCCUGACAUUCCGCCUGCCCUACUGUGGGCCCAACCAGGUGGAUUAUUUUUUCUGUGACAUCCCUGCAGUAUUGAGACUGGCCUGUGCAGACACGACUGUCAAUGAGCUUGUGACUUUUGUGGACAUUGGGGUAGUGGCCACCAGUUGCUUCAUGCUAAUUCUGCUCUCCUAUGCCAACAUAGUCCACGCCAUCCUGCAGAUUCACACUGCUGAUGGGCGGCGCCGAGCCUUCUCCACCUGUGGCUCCCACCUAACCGUGGUCACAGUCUACUAUGUCCCCUGUAUUUUCAUCUACCUUCGGGCUGGCUCCAAGAGUCCCCUGGAUGGGGCAGUGGCUGUGUUUUACACUGUUGUCACUCCAUUAUUGAACCCCCUCAUCUACACACUGAGGAACCAGGAAGUGAAGUCGGCUCUGAAGAGACUAGCCUCAGGUAGAGGGGCUGGGAGUGAAAAUAAGUAACUAGAGGCUCAGGGACUACCUACAUCAUCAUUGCUACAGCUCUUUUCAGCAACUGCUGCAUGUGGCAGAUGUUCAAAAGUAGUUUUGGUUUAAGCUGAAUAGAGUGUAAUUCUAUUAGGAAGAAGCUUCUAAUGCUAUGCUGUG